AUGUCCGGAGUGGAGUCCGUUUUCCGCGUUAUUGCGGCCUGUACGUCGCUCAUGAUGAUUCUGAGCCCGACGCCGGCGGUCUACAAGAUCUACAAGACCAAGUCGAUCGGCAACACCAACAUCGUCUCGCUCGUGUCUGUGUUCGCAAACUGCCACGUCUGGACGUUGCAGGGUUUGCUCACAAAUAACUGGUUCCCGGUCUUCUCGACCUUUGUAUCGGGAGACUUCAUCUCCAUCAUCUACAUGUUCGUGUUCCUGCGCUACACAACUGACCGCAAACAGGCGUGGAAGGUUAUCGCCGUUUACGCGGCAGUGCUGUCGAUUAUCACCACGUACGCAGUGCUCGGAGGACUGGGCGUGUUCACAAGCUUGAGUAGGGACCAGGUGAACGACAUUAUGGGCUACCUGGCAGUGUGCGUGACCCUGGUGCUCUACAGCUCGCCGUUCCUCAGGAUCAAGGAUGUGGUCAAGUACAAGACGGGCGUGUUCAUCCCGAUCCACAUGGUGAUGGCCGGCACGUUUAACAAUGCGAUGUGGAUCAUAUACACGCCCAUGUCUGGACUGUGGUUCCUCUUCGUGACCAAUGUCUGCUGUGCCACCCUCGGCGUCGCGCAGCUAACAGUGUACAUGAUCUACCACCCGAGCAAGCACCCACUGGGCUACGGAGCCACACUUGAGGACUUUCUCGAGAAGGAAAAGGAAGACGACGGCACCCUAUCCAUUGCGAUCGACCGUCCAAGCGUGCAGUCGGCCAGCAAGGCGACCCCACAGAGUCCCGUGUAUCAAAUGAUUAAGUCGCCGCUGGCUCCGCUCCGCUCGUAAUUCGUAACUACAACAAAACGUAAGUUAAUAAACAGC